AGUCAUUUCAAGGUGUCAAAAUGCGACAAAAACAAAACUAUUACAAAAUGUCAUUGAAAACUUUAUCCAGAAAUUCUGAAUAAAUGGCAUGGUACUUUGUUCUUAAAUGAAUGUUAAAAUAUAACACCCUUAAUUUAAGUGAAAAAUCUCAAAGAAAUCGUUCUGUUUGAUUUUUAGAAACGUUGGCUUGAAUGUCAGCUGCUUACAUGUAAAGGUGUUAUUUUGCUUAUUUACUCAAAAAUCGAUUCUACAAUUAUUGAAUUCGUCGGGAAUUAAAAAAAUUCUCGUAUUUGUUUUUGAUCACGGUGUUUUUGACUUUGAUCUCAAGGAGAUCAAGCAUUAUUCAAUGCAAUCAUUGAGUUUCAAAUUCAUUGAAACAUUUUAACACCGCUAAGUUUUAUCCUUAACUGAAGGAAAAUGUUGCGCUUAUUUUCAUGGGUGUAGUUUGUUGUCUCCAUUAUGGUUUACUAUUGUCUCGAAUCGCCAUAUCACAGUUCAUUUCUGUUUAUCAUGAAUUCAUAAAACGCGUGAUUGCUUUCUUUCGACUUUCCGGAACCACACUAAAAUCUGCCGAGCUAGUAUUACUACUACAGUGGCACUGUGAUUCAAGUUGUCAUUGCUUUUUGUAGAGGAGGAAACUGGCGAAUUUUGAAAGAGCCUUCUUGCCAACGACAAACUUAAGAGGUGAUUUCUCAGCGAUUCUUCUCGAUCAAGGGAAUUAAAAUAUGUUAGGUUGAACCUGUUUGAAUGCCACAAAAAUAGCUCUUGCUUUACAUUGCCAACUUUUCUAUUUUAGGGUGCUCAAAUAGACCGAUUUCAAUAUAUUAAAAUUCUAACUUGGCUCUCGAGGCCUAGGAGAAUAACAGAAGAAAUCAAUUACUCAUCCCUCGACCUCGAUGUGAAUUGUUUUGUUUUGUUUCCCCAAGCCUCGGAGCCAAGUUAGAAUUUUAAUCUAUCAAAGUUGGCCUGUUGGUUAUAAGUCAAUCAGAACCCUUGUCUACUGCCCUGAUUUCUUGCGAUAUAAGUUCACUGAUUUGUUUUUGGUUUUUGGCCAAAUUUGGACAUUAUAACAUCCUCAUCGUAUUUUUUUUAUGCUCUUCGACAGAUCUUCAGGCUCGUUAACCUGUCUUUUGGUCUCGCCAUAGAUAUUUGGGCUUGAAGCCUCUCGCCAAAAAUCAGUACAAAUCAAGGCACGACCAAACUCACCUGGCCGUCGAGGUGUAUCGUAAGCUACAUCAGGAUUUCCAUCUGCACCUGCCUACCUGUAUCUAUCUCUUACGUUCUUUUGUGACUAGGUGUCACAUAAGGCUUCAAAAGGUUUUCAAUAUAUGCAUUAAUCUUAGUACUAAUUUUAAGAAUAAUGUCUACAUCAAAACAUAAAACGACAAACGCAUAAAGGUAACAAUGGCCCGUGAUUGUGUCGAUGACAAGACUUCCCAAUUCUUUUCAUCACUUGGGCUUUGAUUUAUCGAUACUAUCACUCUUUAUCAGGUCAUGCUACAAUAAUGGUAUCACACCGAUGGCCAGUGAUUGAUAAACAAGUUCUGAGCAUCCUUUUUUAACAAAGCACCCUUAAAUUAGCUUAAAAUGCUUAUAACUAAAAAACAAGUUUGGUGACUCCUACUUUUAUUUUAAUAUGGCAUUGUCAUUAGACUGAUAAAGUACAACGUUUUGCUAAUUUUUCAAAAAUUCUGUGUAUGAAGUUCAAAGCCACAUUACCUUCUUCUCUACAGAAGGUUUUUUUUUGGAAAUUUGCGAAAGCGUUUAUCUCGUAGAAUGUUUGUCACGAAUCGAUAAGAAAGAAGUUGAAAGAGAGUAAACGAGCUCGUUUUGAGUUAUAAGCACUUGAAGCUAUAAUUAAGAGGUUUUUUUAAAAGGUUGUAUCGUUGCUAUGGUAACUUAUUACUCUAUGAAGAUGACCAUAUCUUGUUUACUGAUGAUUGCAGAUUUAUGUGAUACCCCGUUCCCGUACGGUCCUUGGAGCUUCGAACUGAGUUAUACAGUUGGCUCGAGUACAGCUGAGAAACCUAAUUGUGUUUAACUUUCCGAAACAGUAGUACACAAGCCGAAUGAUGUUUUUCCAAAGCAAUCUCAAAAAUAGAAAUAAAACACUGUUGUAAGCUGAUAAAAGCUUUAUUUAUGUUUUUUCUCAAGUUUGCGACACCUACUGUAACCGUUAAACCAAUUGUUAACCACUAUUUUCCAUAAGCACUUACAACAAAGAAGUCAUUUUAAAUCAAUUCUUAGUUCUCGCACGCCUACUGAUGGAAACAAAGGCCGUUGUUCUGUCCAUCUGGUUAAAAAGUUUUAAUUUCUUAAGAUAACUUUGUUAAUGACCUUUGACGUUACCCACAGCUUCAGAUUUUGGGAUUUCAUCUAUUCAGAUAGGCACAUCAAAAGGGUGCGCAAAUUGGAAAUUCGUGUGGGGUGACCUUGACAUGUUACGUUACUGGUAAAGGUUAAAUUGUAGGUUUUAAACAAAAAACGAUCGCAAUUGGCGUAGCAAAGCGCUGCCCUACUGAAGAUUUGACAUUAUUUUCGGCCAUAUGAGACGCUGGCAGAGAUAUGGUAAAAUGUGAUAUUCUGAUAGGAUAGAGUCUUACAGCGUUGUCAAAUGAGAUGAAAUCCUGCAAUGCAAUCUGUUCAUAACCUAAUAUGAUAUUUCGUCUUAGUAUUUCAGGUCACUUCUGUGUUGAGCUGGUUCAAAUUGUACGCUACAAUCUGUAACUCGGAUUGUUUUUUCAUAGUGCUAAAAUUUAUCUAUUCCUUUCGCCUUUUUGCGUGAAACAAAUACUCUUCUUUGUCACCUUACGUAACUUAGAAAAAGAAAAGCAAAUAAAGUAUUAUCGUUUUAUAAUUACUAACCUCAAAUGAUGGAAUAAAUUCAUCGCAAACGAAUGAAAUGUUUUUUGGGUUAGGUUAGCUUGGGUCUUAACACCUGCCGACCUGGCAAUAUAAAUAAUGAAAAGAGAAACUUCAGCUUGGCCGCUCGAUUUCUUGAUUUCGCUUUUGUUAUUGUUCGAGACGAUCUUCCAGAUGAAGCUAGCAAAAAGUAAGUAAUCCUCUGCUUUUGACGAAAUCAUGUUUGUAAAGGCUACAUUAUAUCUAUAAAUGUGCAUUUCUACAUUUAGGGAAAAGAAUGAAUGGAGUAUAUAUGUUACAGUGUGUAGAAAUACAUGCCCGCGAAAGACAAUGACACGUGCUGCUCGAAAAAAAAAAUGGAUGAUCCGGGCUAUCACAAAACUCUUUACCUUUAAGCUACAGUGGACGUCCCACACUUUGCUUCCAGAAGUUUUUGUGAUGAGAGAGAAUUUUUAAAAAGAAAGGACAGUGAUGCUUGCGCAAAUUUGAAAAAGAUGUUACUAAAUUAUUGGUACAACGUUUUUCUCCAUCUUGUGAACCUUCUGUCUUUCAGGAAGUAAAGAGGGAACAGUGGUCAGAUUUACGUUGUUCGUGUUUAUUUUAUUGGCGGACUACACUUGUUCACGUAUGUAUAAAUAUACCAAAUCAUUUAUUUUUAUGAUUUAUCGAGCGAUUUUACCAUGCCUAGUAUCACAGCAUGAUAAAAUAACAGAGCGAAGAACUCAGAGCAGAGUGAGUAGAUCCUCACCCUGCUUCAGUUCUGACAGCAGAAAUUCAUUCUCUCGCCUCCUUUCAAUGAUCAAUUUUUUUCAAAAUUAUUAAAAAUAAACGAACAAAUCAAGUAAAGAAGUAUAAAGCGUCUUCAUAAAGGUAAGAACAUCAAAAUAUGUUUAAGUUUUUAGUAGAAACCUAGGAAACAAUUUUUUUAAAAGACAACUCACUGAGUUAUGAUUCUAAGUUUUAGUGCACAACCUUUGUAAUUUCAUCAGAGCAAGUCUCUUGUAACUUUGAAGCUGGAUUUUGUGAUUGGAAGCAAGGAGAUAUAGAUUCCUUCGAUUGAACUCGAGGCAGUGGCUCAACACCUACCUGAUGAACUGGGCCGAGCGAGGAUCACACUACAGGAACAGGUAUUUCGAAACCUGGCAAAUCAAAGCUAAAUAGCAAUAAUAAAAAAAAACCUUAGCCACUUUUUUCCUUCCUUUUCUUUUUUCACUCAUUCUGUCCAUAUAUUACUUCCUAUUUAAAAUAGGGUUUUUGCAACUUUCCAUCGCCCUAUUGGGACAAAAGAGAAAAAAGGAAGAAAAAAGAUAAAAAGCACUUUGAAACAAGAUACCCAGGCUUACUUAGCCAAUAAACUAUUAUUGUUAUAAAAAUAACGUGAAAAAAGGUUUUAUGUUUGUUUAUUUGUACUUCAAAUUUUCAGAUGAUGGGUUCUACAUUUACAUAGUAUUAUCAUGCCAAUGGCAAAGCUUGUGUGGCUUUGGAUGGAGCAGUACGGCGGCUACAGUUGUGUGCAGAAUGCUGGGCUUUCCUCCUGCCACUGGAGCUCCUGAAAAAUCCGCCUUCGGGGUUGGAAGUGUUUCAAUGCGGCUGCAUGAAUUUUCCUACCACGGCACUGACCAUCAGUUAGCGGAGUGUCCCAUGGAUACAACAUCCUCGUAUGAAGGGUUGCUAUAUUUUUGUGACGACAACGAAGAAGCAGGAGUUGUUUGUGGAACCCCUAAUGUUACAGCGCGUCUGUCUGAUGGAGGAGCUCAUAAUCAGGGAAGGGUUGAACUGAACGUCAACGACCUCUGGGGGACAGUGGCUGAUCCAGAAUGGGACAGAAAAGAUGGUGACGUCGUCCGUCGAAUGCUCGGCCUUCUACCUGCCUCAGGUACUCCGGGUGGGGCUAUUUUCGGCCAGGGAACUGGAAUAGUAUGGCUAUCGCAUGUCAACUGCUUGGGAAAUGAAACUUCAACAACUGACUGUGGCAAUGAUGGUGGCUGGGAGACUGGAAGAUUGUACAGUUACAACGAACACGCAAAUGACGCGGGUGUAAUAUGUGGAGAGCCGAAUGUUCAGUUGCGGUUAGUCGACAGCCCGUCAGGCUCGGACAAAGACGGCCGUGUUGAACUGGGUAUCGGCGGCGUCUGGGGAGGAGUAUGUUCCCUUGAGUGGGACUUACGAGACAUUGCAGUGGUUUGUCAAAUGUUUGGAUUACCCCCUGCAUCGGUGGCGCAAGGAGAAACCGUGUUUGGCAACUCCGGGGACAAACCCUGGCUUGGAAAUUUAGAAUGCAUUGGUAACGAGUACAGUACAACAGAAUGUCCACACAGAGGGUGGGGUAAUACAGACAGAUUCCUUUGUGAUGGAAAGUCAGACGCUGGUGUUAUAGGUGGUCCACCUUACAGUGAGUCAUUUCAAUACCGCUCUUAGUAAAUUAAGCCUUCUACCAGUGCAAUGUUAAACCCACUGAGUAAUGCCAAACAAUACCAUGAGUUAAAUCUUAUUAUGUUCCAUAGAAAGGGACUUCUAGAAGUUAUUUAAAUGCUGUGAGAUGCAACAUAACGGUGUUUAAUUUUAAGUCGAAUACUUAUUAACCAUAAACUCCGGUAUAUAUCACAGAGAUUUUGGUCGCUUUCUCUGAAAGUCGUUUUAAAAGGGUUGUGGUUACAACGAGCAAUCGAACUAACGAAUACCUUUUCCCAGUCCCUUAGCACUUCUUUCCUUAUCGAGGUUUUACUCUAUAUUCCUUUUCUUUAGGUUUUGGUCAACGUUGAAAGGAAGGGGAGGGAUGAAAUCUUGUUGGGAAUAUUUAAUCACAAACGUUUCAUAUAAAUGGUUUGUUUGUGGCGUAUAUAUCCUUCAGUAACGUGUCGUAUUUUGUUAGUAAACAUUCGAUUAAUGGGAGUCAACUCUUCGGAUCAAAUGGGCCGAGUGGAAUUCUCGUUGAAUGGAGUCUGGGGCACAAUAUGUGAUGAUACUUGGAACAUUCGUAAUACGCAUGUCAUUUGUGAUAUGAUGGGGCUUCCUCCUGCUACCGCGGCUUUGGGUUCAGCAGUGUUCGGUCGAGGAAAGGGAGUGAUAUGGCUAGAUACCUUAAACUGCUUCGGAAAUGAAAGCUCCGUUUUGGAAUGCCAGCAUGGCGUAUUUCGAAAUGUAAAGGGCUGCAAUCGUUAUUCUGAUAGUGAUGCUAUGUGCGGAAUAGCUCCCGGUAAGUUAAUAACAUUUAUUUUGCUAAAAAAAUAGAAUAUUCGACUGUUGUAUUAUUUCAUAAAAGACCUACGAGAAAUUUUAAAAUUCUACUUGCUUUUAAAAGUUACACUACGCAGCACACCUACAGAACAUUUAAUUUAUAAUUACUCCGUCAUGAUAAGUACAGAUACUGCUAAAGAUCCACUAUAUACCGACAAAACAAAACAAACAAGCAAGAAAAAUAGACGCUAGAGAAAAUAAAAAGGAGAAGAGACCAGCACAAAAGUUAGAAAAUAAUAGGGUGUGUGCCGAGAACGAGGUAAUCAACUUCUUAUCCUUUCAUGUUAAGAAAAAACAGGCAUAGAACGGUAAUCAUGUUGCUAGAAUUCUUGGAAUUCUUAGGAUUGAAAGAAAACACACUUUUUUUUUGAACCGGGCCAAUCAGCAGUUGUUCUAUGAUAAAAUGACUACAUUAUUAGUAAUUGGCCACGAUGCAAUAUGAGGUAUAAUCCUCAUUAUCUUAAUGCAUACAAGAUUCUCUUGUUUAGUCUGCCCAAAAGGAUGCAACUGUUACACAAAAGAUCUCUUUUAUACUGUCAA